UGUGGGGCUUGCAGGGAGAGAAUAAAAAAAACAGGUCUUUUGUUUACAGAACUAUAUGAUGUUAGAGUGGCUAUAUUGAAAGAUUUUUGAAAAUAUCUCAAACGUUCUUCCCUAACGAAAAAAAUGAUGGAAAUCUCCUAACUCUUACAUUUUCGAGAAAUCGUCUCUUUUAAAGCAAUUCAAAAGCAAUAAAUGACACCUUGGGCAUCUUUUUUUCGAUUUCAGUUGUCAAUGGUGAUUUUACUGCAAUAAUUCUAGCAACGUUCAUUGCCUACCUUUCUAGAUUGAGCAGCACGGAGUCCUCGUUUGGCACUAGUACUCCCGGUUUUAUUCAAGAAUGCACGUAUCGAGGGAAAUCGUGUUCGGAUCCAAAAUUUUGGUUUGCCCAAGACACGCCAGGAUAUGGCAAUUGCUACUCGUUUAACGCAGCCUUUGCCGACAUCGAUGAUGCGGCUCCCCGGAAGGCCUCCCUCACGGGUAUCACAAACGGGUUUAGCAUUCAGCUGUUUCUGGAUCAGGAAAAUUACAUGCUCAAAAAGCUGUCAAAGAAGGCUGGUGCUCGAUUAGUGAUCCAUGACACCAGAUCACCACCAUUACCCGAUGAAUACGGAAUUGAUUUGCAACCAAACACAGCAAGUUCCAUUGCGAUUCAAAAGAAUGAUGUUGAGCGAAAGGCAGCUCCUUAUGAUAGCAAUUGCUCUGAUUCGUGGACUAGCACUGGCUACAACAUUGACACGAACAUGACCUAUACUUUAGCGGCGUGCCAAAGAUAUUGCCUUCAGAAGGAUCUGAUUGACAGUUGUGAGUGCUUUCAUCCGGAUUUGUACCAAGCAGCCAUCCCUCUGCACGAAAAUGUCAGGACUUGUAAUGUCCUUCCUGUAUCAAAUAACACCGACUACACUUGUUUUGAAAGGGUUUUUGAAGAAUACAACAAAUUGAAACGAAACUGCUCGUGCACUGUGGCAUGCCAAGAAACAGAAUUUGCCAGCACUGUUUCCGUGUCCAAAUGGCCUUCCAACCAGUAUUUCGUUGAAUUUGGCUUAAAUUUGAAAGGCGUCGAAUAUUCCCAGGAUGAUCUUAAAGGUAAAGGGGAUAAUUCAGGCGAAGUUCAAUCCGAGCUACAACAGAACUACGUCCAAGCUGACAUCUACUAUCAAACUUUGAAUGUUCGUUCAAUCGUCCAAGAGGCGAAGUAUUCGGAGGAUGGUUAUGUGGCCGCAUUGGGAGGAGCCCUGAGUGUCUACAUGGGGAUUGCCGUGAUCAUGAUUUUCGAGUUACUUGAAUUGGUGAUCGAUCUAGUUCUCAACGUAUGGAAAUUCUACAACGGCGCAAAUGAAGAGAAACACUGAGGCGACCUUCAACAAAUAGUUUUACAUUCAUGUGUGUGACAAAAGCCAUAAUGAAUAAAACAAAACCGUCACAAGU